AUGAAUAUUAAUAUUUAUGAUGAAGCUAGCCUAAGCUUGUUGUCUACAUCCAACUUUCAUGAGAAACACACCAUAUCUUCAUUGAAUAAAUAAAAAUAUAUCAAAUAAAAAUACUUUUCAGAAUCUGAAUUAAUAAGUUAAAACGAGAUUCAAUCACAUAGAGUUCGUCCAAAUAGUGAUAUGUAUCAAUCAGGAAUAAAUUUUUUAAAGCAUAAACAAGAGAAAUAAGACUAUUUGUCACUUAAAUUGGAAGAGGAAUUCAAAAAGAAAUGCACUUUUCAACCUUAAUUAUCAUAAACAUCUCGUCUACUAUCUGCUAGAUUAAAUGUUUCUUAAUUGAAUCGUUCUACAAGAAAUAUGAAUAAGGAAGGGGCUUUGAAUGUGGAUUCACAAACUAUGAAACUCGAGUAAGAAUUAAUGGAAUGCACUUUCUCACCCAAAAUUCUCAAAACGACUCAAGAUAUAUUCGAUCGAAGAAAACCUAUGUACGAAAGGAAUGUGUAAUGGAAAGACUAGAUGAAAGAGAAGCGCGCUUAGGAUCAAAUGAGAAGGGAAUCUCAGAUUAAAUCGAAAAUAACACCCACUUAAAUACCUAAAUAGAUGGAUCUCAGAGCAGCACAUGCAUUAAAGAAGAGUUUUUCAAUGAAAUAUUUAAGGAAAUCAAUGAUGGGGUGAAUUAUUAACAAUCAUGAUGUUUCAAUUGUUUAUUAAAAAAAUUAUUAUA